AGGACCCCGCAGUCCAUCAUGGCGGCGCCCGAUGGAGCUCUAAACUGUGAGGACUUCUCCAUGUUUCAGGAGGUGCUGAAGGUGAUGCGCACCAUAGAUGACCGUAUUGUCCAUGCCUUGAACACCACUGUGCCCACGGUCUCCUUCUCAGGAAAGGUGGAUGCCACGCAAACCUGCAAACAGCUCUACGAGUCUAUGAUGGAGGCUCAUCUGAACAGAGACAAAGCUAUUAAGGCCUGCAUAGCUCAAACAUCUCAGGUGGUGGAGCAGCUGCGCGAGCAACGGGCAAAGGACAACGAAAACCUGGCACUAAUCAAACAGCUCCGAAAGGAGCAGACUAAUCUAAAGCUGAUGCAGUCGGAGCUAAAUGUUGAAGAAGUUGUUAAUGAUAGAAGUCUGAAGGUUUUCAACGAAAGGUGCAGAAUCCACUACACGCCUCCAAAGGUGAAGUGAAGCUCCAUCUGAUAAAGGAGCUGCUAUGGUCAGAGUCUGAACCCGGACUGGAUCUGAGACUGAGCUGCAGAUCAUGUCGUGACUGCGAGCUGCCCCAUCCAGACCACUCGGACCUCCUCUCCACCUCACUCAUAUUCCAUGUCAUCAUUGUAUUCUAUUACCAUCAUUGUAAGCGACAUUUGUGUGCUUCCUUAAAGAGAGUUAUUGUACAAAAGGAGUUUUUUUAAAAGACAGUGAACUCUUUUCAAA